AGCCCUGGUGCUCUAUAAAUUUGGUGCUGUUGCGGGGCUCGGAGAAUACAGCGCUAGCGCAGUUAAGUCCGAUCGAGGGGCAUCUGCGACUGUGCGUCACUUGUUGCCGCAACGCCGCAUUAUUUCAUCCUUUCCUUCAGUAGCACAACUUCCCAUUCUCUGGUCGCCAUGGCCCAGAAUACCUCCAACAUAGAGGAGCUUCUGAAAAGGCCGCUAUAUGUCUAUGACCUCCCGCAGGAGCUUCUGUCGACAUUAACGACCAAAGAUGGCGAUCAGCAGACACCACUCCCUACGGAUGUGGAUUUUAUUCCAGAAGUACUAGAACGAUCCGACAAGGAAAAUGGAGUCGCCACGUCGACAUCAUGCGCUCUAUGCCAAGUCGCACUACCUAGCUUUCAAGAACAACGCGAUCAUGUCCGGACCGACCAUCAUCGGUAUAACUUGAAAGCGCAACUCAGAGGCAAUAAACCUUUGACUGAAGGGGAAUUUAACAAGGCUAUCGGCGAGUUAGACGAGUCAAUAUCAGGCUCUGAAUCCUCAGAGUCGGACUCGGAAGGCGACGAUGGUUCCAACACUCCAGAUGCGACGCUUACGGCCUUGUUGAAACGACAGGCAAAGAUAUCGCAGGAGGCGGAUGAAGAUAAUGAAGAAAAGACAUUGAUCAAAGGAGGCGGAAGAAGUCCUUUAUUUUGGUUUACAAGCCCAUUACUGCCUUCGAACACGUCUUUAGGCAUUUACAGAGCGAUCUUCACGCAGGCCGAACAAGAGGAGCCUGCUCACUUGGUUGACUCCCUGCGAAAGAAACAGCUCGCACCAGUCACUCAGCGGCGAGGUGCUGCAUCUAGCUCAGAACAAGGGCCUUCUGCUUCUGGUCUAAGCCCUCACGUCUUUAUGUGUAUGAUUGGUGGCGGUCACUUCGCAGCUAUGGUUGUCUCACUAGCACCAGAGAUUCAAAAGCGACCGGGUGGUGUGGAGGAACGACAAGCCCGUGUGGUCGCCCAUAAGACUUUCCAUCGAUAUACAACUCGAAGGAAGCAGGGUGGUGCUCAAUCCGCCAACGAUUCGGCCAAAGGAGCUGCGCAUUCAGCGGGUUCCAGUCUUCGACGCUAUAAUGAAGCAGCGCUUGAGAAAGAAAUCAGGGAGCUACUAGGAGAGUGGAAAGACCUCAUUGAUAAUGCCCAACUGCUAUUCGUGCGGGCAACCGGGAGCACGAAUCGGCGGAUCUUGUUCGGACCAUACGACGGUCAGGUUCUCAGGCAAAACGACUCUAGAUUGAGAGGUUUUCCGUUUAAUACGCGUCGUGCUACCCAAGGGGAGCUUCUGCGAUCCUUUAAGGAGCUCAGUCGCGUAAAAGUGAGCCACGUUGAUGAAGCCGCAAUCGCGGCCGCUGAAAACAAGCGGCGAGAGGAAGCUGUAAAACCGCAGAAGCGGCCAGCGCCCCAGGAGAAGCCAAAGAUUUCUCCGGAGGAUGAAGCCGCAAUGCUGCAUACUUCCCAGAUCCAAGCCCUGAUCCGUCGAUCAAAGGCACCGGCGCUUGCAUCCUAUAUUUCGAACAAUUCUAUACCUUCCUCCUUCAGAUUUUACCCUCCGACGUCAUCGCAAAAUUUCCACUCACCGACACCGCUUCACUUGGCGGCUAGUUCUAAUUCUCCGGCUAUUGUCCUCGCACUUCUGACCAAGGCAAAUGCGGAUCCUACAAUCCUCAAUGGCGAGGGCAAGACAGCUUUCGAUAUCGCAGGAGAUCGCGCUACUCGCGAUGCAUUUCGCGUCGCUCGUCAUGAGCUUGGAGAGUCCAGGUGGAACUGGGAAGCAGCUCACGUCCCGGCCCCUGUCUCCAAAGCAGAGGCCGAUAGCUCUAGAGAACAAGAACGCAAAGCCGCAGAAGAAGCAGAAGCCAACAGGCGGAAAGCUGAGCUCGAACGCUUGAAGAAGGAAGAGGAUGCAGCAAAAGAGGCUGCAUCACGGAAGGGGAAGAAGCCCGGUGGCCGGGCUCUAGGAGCCGUCGAAAAGACCGGUGCUGAGAAGAGGGAAGAGGAAAUGAGAGGCAUGACUCCGGAGAUGAGAAUGAGGUUGGAGCGGGAACGCCGCGCAAGAGCUGCUGAAGAGCGAAUCCGAAAGAUGCAGGGAAGAUAGAUCAUAGCUCAACCUAUCGUUCCGCGUUGACUCUGAGAGUGUGAGAAGUCCACUGCGGAGGAAGGAUGAUGCCUCAAGUGCUGUUGGUGUCGCUAUCGGCUAUACAUGAUUUACUAUCUAGCGAUUAAACAUGGAUAUAAGCGAUGCUAACUGCCUCUGUAACAUAUGGUAUGAUACCAACUUUCGAAAUCAGAUUUUGUCCUCGUCGACACGAUGAACUGCAUCUAAACCAGCUGCAGUCUAUUGCGUUGGAGCAUAGCUUGGUGAAACGAGCUUAUUCAUUACUCGAUAUUAAACCCAUAGUUUG